AUGGGCUGCCGCUUACCGGCUGCUGGUCUUCCGCUUCCUGUCGCUCCUCGCCUCUUCCGGCCGCGGGGUGACCUCGUCCGGCGGGUUGUUAGCUGCAUCGGUGGUGGUAGCAGCUCGGGGCAGGGUGCCCUCUGCAGCGGGACUGGGAGGAGCUUCGGCUGGGACGACGUCUUCCGCAUAUCUUCCGAGGAUAGAAAAGGACCUUCCGGCCUUAACGCUUACUUCGAGAGAGUUCGGUCCUGCAACCGGGGCUCCGUAAGGCCGUCCAGCUACUUUUUUUUCUCAUGUUACCCUAAUUCCUCUCCAUUGGUUGUGCGAUGAGCGUUUCCUCGUCUGGGAAGCUUGAAUACGUGUAUUCGGGCGGCUAUUGUAUGCAGGAAUUCCAUUCCGAGUUCGUGGCGUUUGUGAUCGAGGGGCAGAUUGUCGGCUACAUCCACCACAGGUAGCUGCUCACGCUUUCUGCUAUCUAGUGGCAAGAGCCUUCCACCGCGUGCGUAGCCGUCUGCGCAGUCUUACAUCUGCUGAUUCUAGAUAUGUGCACGAAUCUGUUAUCUGUUAGUACGUUGAAAACGCCCAUUCAGUUUUAAAAAUUUUGGCCGAAUUUGACAACCGUCAUCAUAAUGGCAGGAAUCAUGUUCUACGGGAACUCGAGUUCUUCAUUUGUUCUUGCAUCUCUAAGAGAGAUCGCCAUAGAAAAGUGAAAGUUAAUGUAUGUUGCUAUUGUUGAAUAAGUAUGUUUCUGCUGAAGGAUUCGCGAUCCUGUUAGUUCCUAAGUUAUAAAAUCUAAUAGAUACUUAUAUUUGGUGAUAUCCAAUGUGCUAGUCUAGUCUCCCCUUGAGUGAAACUUGAUUGAAUGAGACAAAAGACUUUCGGAUUAGCAACUCGUCAGGUUGAAACUUAUGUCUCAGGGUAUGAUUUUCAGUUACACCAGAAGUAAGACAAAAAUUAAAGUUAAUAAAUUUUCUACCAUUGAUUGCCCUUAGGAAUUCCCUGUUUUUAUUCUUACGGUAUUCUGACAUAUUUCAGCUUUGUCAACCACCUAAAAGGUUUUAGCAAUGUGUUUAUGUUGAUGUCGGGCGACAAUAAAGGCUAUACCAGCGCUUGUGUCACUUUUCAUCCAUCACUUAGAUCAUCGGAAGACAGAACUAUAGCUGUUGGAGAUGUAAUAAAAUCCUUGGGAAGUCUGAUACCAGGUAUAAGAAACGAGGUACUUCAUCUUCAUGUAUUCAUUUUUUUUUUUCUUUCAUAUGACGUAUCUACGAUGCUAGACACAUAAUUUCCUCUAUGAAAGAGUUUCCUUCUUUCGGGAGACUAUGGAAAGUAUUCAGAAGUAAAAGCAGAUAAUUCUAAGGAGUCUCCAACCUUCAACAUUGUUCUCUUUUAAUUCUGCUGUUUUUCCUUAAGAGUGUCAAGAAUUAUCUGUACUCGUGGUCUUCUUCAUUUUGCUUACUGUUUCUCCAGAUUUAUUUAUAUAGUUUUUAUAGGAAUCUUAGAACUCGCUUAAUAAUUUAUCCUUAUAAGUUUUUCUUUGUUGAUUACGAGCAGUUGUAUCCUGUGAGCGCAUCAUAUGGUUUGCCUGUGUUCUUCUCACUGGAACGUGCUGCUGCUCCUUACUUUGGGAUAAAGGUUUGCUAUCACAUAUCAUUAGACGAUUGAGAUAUUACUUAUUCUGGUCCGUUAAACUUAUUGCACAUUUUUGCCUAUUUUUGAUAUGUAUCGAUAAUUAAUGUCCCAGAUGGACAAUAGAUGUUUCUGAGAUUUAUCGUUAGUUAGUUUCUCAUAUUUACACUUGGCACUACUCUAUUCGUGGGUGCUAUAGUUGUUUAAGAUGUCUUUUGGGUCUGCAUUUUUGACUGUGUCCACCUUCUAAUGCUCCAGCUCCUAAGAUUCCAUGCACUAGGGUAGGGUAUAUGAGCAAAUGGUCGUUAUUUACCUAAACAUUAAGCGUACGCAUUUUUUGUUUUUCUUCUACGUAGGAAAGGAUUCUCUGAGAUGAUGGAAUUUGCAUUUUCCACGAACUUGUGCUAUUGUCACUCAUGAUCGCUACUAGUGACUGAAAACUUCGGUUGUUGGAUUGACAUCUGAAACCCCUAUUAUCCAUGCAUACGCUUCUGCCAUAAAACAAUCAUGCUGUGAAUAAACAAUAUAUUGAGGGCAAAUCGUUUCCAUGUAUAGAAAUAUGAUGCAGUCAAAAUAUGCUCUAUAGUUGUUUCGCAUUGUACAUGAUGGUGAUUUUCCUAAUUCCACCUUUAGAAUUAAUUUUUUUUUGAGUCGUUUAAACUUCUGGGUUUAUCAUUUAUUCCUAGAAAUAGUGCAAACUAACUAAACACAGUCUGAUAUACUGUGCAUAAGGGGUAUAAUUUCAUCAAUGCGGUCCUCUUUUUAACUUGAACUCAUUGAGGAGUAAAAGUAUUAGCUGGGUUGAUGAUUGUCACUCAUGUUGAGAGGCAGCAAUGUGUUGUUCUCCAGUGAGAAAGUAAAGCUAAUACAUAUGGAUAAAAUUUCGCACGUGAAGAAAACACAAACACGAUAGUAAUUAAGUGCAAUAUAGUAAGAGACUAAUCGUAGCAGAGAGAAAAAGUAACAAUAAUGAUUACGAGGUGAAAAUGAAUGAAAUGCUGCAGGAACACGGUGGGAAACACACUAACAUGGAAUAGUGACUGUCAGUUGAAGCGCAUGCGGUCAACAUGGUGGCACUCGAGAUGCAUCCAUUUGUGCAAAAGGCCCCAGAUAUAUAACAGCUGAAGAUACUAGGAUGCAAGAUGAAGAGCAGCUGAGUGUAGCGCGUAGAAGCCACUAUAGUAAGACAAAGAACAUGGGACUGUAAAAGCAACAGAGUCCAGAGGACAUCAGGGUCCAUUUCCAUGUACACUUUUUCUUAAUUUUAUUUAUCUAUUGUAGUAAUGAUAUGAAAAUACCGGGCAAAGCUUGGAAAUAAGGUUCGAGUACAAAUCCGGUUUUCGUUUGGAAUCACAGUUGAAAAUGCUAAGAUAAUUAUUUUUCCUCGUUUGGAGUUGCAUUUGGGCUCACAUAGCUUCUGAUGUUUCGGUUACUGUUCUCCACCAGAUAAAUGUGUUAAAUCGGUGCAUGACAUAGAAGACGUAAUCCUAGAUGAGUGGAUAUGAAAAUUACAUAAUAGGAUAUUCUUUCAGUAGGUCUACUCUUUUCUAUGCGACUGUCCACACAAAAUCAAUUUAUUUUAGCACAUAAAAUUAGGGAAGUGAGGGCAGGAGAGAUAUGGACAAUGAAGAGGAAGCUGUGGGAGUCAUGGCUUCACUAUAAAUCAUUUUCCUAAUUUUUUUCCUUCUUUCCAGGCCUAUGGUGUCCAUAUGAACGGAUAUAUCGAAAAGGAUGAGAAGAAAUAUCUUUGGAUAGGAAAGCGAAGUGAGAGCAAGCCUACAUAUCCGGGAAUGUUGGACCACCUUGUUGCUGGGGGACUGGUGCGAUGGACGAAUUCUUUUCUUAUUUUGUUUCUUUAAAUUGUCUUUUUGUUAUGUAAUAAAAUGUCUUUAUUUUUUAAAAAAAUUAGCGAAACGUUAUUCAUUAAACUCUCUGUCUGUUUGAUGUUCUUUUGUUGGUGAUGAUAGCCACACGGAAUAACCUGCAAAGCUAACAUCAUUAAGGAAUGUCAUGAGGAGGCAGGGAUACCUGAAAGUAUCUCCUGUAGGUAUGCUCCGUAUCUUUGUCAUGCAUGCAUGCAACAAUUGUCAAUCAGUUCAUUCUGGUGCGUCUUUUUCCUUUUUAUAGUCUGUUAAUUUGAAUUAACCACGGAUAAAAAAAGUUGAUUAAUGCGUAGUUUCAUUUGAAUAUAUGCGGUGGAAAUCGGUUAUUUUUCAUAGACUUCCCUUCAGAUCCUAAAAAUUUAUGAGAACUUGUGCGACUAUUUGCGAAUCUAGCUUCCCUCUUUCACAUUUUAUUUUCUCAAGAUAGAAUUUUUGUUGAUUUCUGUUUUUUGUCCGGGUAUGCUCACAUCUGAUUUGGAUCAUGAGCAUAUAUGGUACCGAAAUUAAUGAUUUGUUGUCUUUCGAAUCCACGUUUUGGAGAUAUCUUAAAGUUUGUCUAUAAUUAUGUCUCAUUGCUCAAUGUCACAUUUCUUGAGGUAGAGGCUAGGAUGCUUGGGGCUUUCUAAUUAGCUAGAAGCUUGUCCCUUGUGAGGUGCGUUAUCCAAUUUUUUCAACUGAGAAUGUAUGAUUGAUGUUUGGUUGGGACAACUAUUGUUUCAUAUUCCAUUGUGAAAGGUGAAUUAUUUAGACCAGAAUAUGCAAUAACUGAUAGAUCAACUUUGAUGAACGUGAGGUAUUUUUUGGUCGAACUAAGAAGAAGAAGAAGUUCGCGUUAGCUCAGGUAAUAUAUUCCCUAGGCCUUUACCAGGGGCCGUAUUCCUCUCCUGUUUGCAGCUCCUAAGUUUAAGCUAGAAUAAUUUCAGAAGGGUAAGGUCGUAGACUAGGAAUCAAGAACAUUCCUUGCUUGCUAUGGACUGGCGAAAAUGAAGUAUUAAUUACCUUCAGAAACUUUUAUUGAUCGGCCAGCGUUCAAGGAACUAAAACAUGGUCAAUGGCGCACAAUUUAGGCAGAAAAGGCCAUCUUUGACCCAAAAGCUGCAGGAAUCUGAGGUGUGGGAGGCUGGGGAGCUUUAUAUGUAAAGAUGAAGAAGAUCUAAAAGUUACUGAUGUUGAAUGAAAAGAAUCAAAUGGAAAGAGAGCUAAUUCAAUCGCACAGGUGUCACCUGACUCUACUACGCAAUGCCCUAACAUGUGUGGGCGUCAAUUAUAGGGAUGGAUUUAUUGGCUGUUAUUUUGGACGAGGAUGGCUGACACGAUAGAAAAUUAUGUACAUGAGUAUGAUACAACCUGCAUGCCAUGUAUGUGGUCAUUUUGUUGACCUUGAAUAUUUUGAUUACUAGUUAAUAGGAAUUUUCUGCGUAGAUUCUGUCAUCAUAGGUUUCAAAUAUUGAACACAAAGAUUCGUGCCAACUUAAGUAAUGAUAAUCAUAGUGAGAAUUCUUUUAUUUUAUUUUAUUUUCCACCUCGAAGCUAUACGCUUUAGUAUCACCGACUGAGAUUAUCAUUUAUUUAUUUAUUUUUUACUAAACAGGGCCAUCCCAGUGGGAGCAGUUUCUUAUGUGGACAUAGAUGGCCCUAGGUACAAGAGGGACGUCCUUUUCUGCUAUGAUCUAAGACUUCCGGAUGGAUUCGUUCCCAAGAAUGAAGGCAAGUUCUUCUGCAUAGGCUGGCAAAUGUCUUGACGGAGACCCCGAUCUUCUUGCAUGCUAUCUGGCCCUUCUUCUGACGAGAUUUUUUAACUCUAUUAUAAUCAUUUCAUGUCAAUUUGGGGUCUUCUUUGCGUCUGUUCUGUUUUUUUUUUUCUUCCUCCAAUAUCAUAACAUUAUCUGAAUCCAUGCAUAAGAUAACACACAUAAGAGGAGACACGCAUGUCGAAUAUUAAUCUUAUAUUUUUUUUUCUUUAACAGUGGCUUAUAAUUAUUCACACUGGACACAAUCAUAUCUCUUUCAUUUCUUGGAAACCUUGCUACAGUUCUUUAGUAUUUACAUUUAACUCCUCGACAAUUUUAUAAUUUGAUGUAGACAAUUUCAUUAUUCUUCAAUUGUAAUCCUGAACUCCCGGGCUUACCUUUGCAGAUGGAGAGGUCGACAGCUUCAACCUAAUCCCUGUGGAUCAAGUUGCCAACAUCAUACUGAGGACAGAGUUCUUCAAACCAAACUGUGCCCUCGUCAUCAUUGAUUUCCUCUUUCGCCAUGGGUAUGCCAUCCAUCUCCCCCUUUUUCUGGUUCCGUUCUCUUAAAUUUUCUGUUGCCCUCACGAAUUUCUUUCCUUUUUGAAGUUAAAUUCCUGUGCUAACGUUUGCUUUUCCUUCACCGAUGACCAUUUCUCUAAUAUUUCCUCUCAGUUAUAAUUAGUAAUAAUCAUGCUAUAAAUUGCCUUAUUUCCAACAUUAAACAGAUGAGGGCGUUAUUUACCAAUGAUUGCUCUUGGUUCCUCCUGUUCACAGAUUUAUAGCUCCCGACGAUGCUGGCUACUUACAGCUUCUACAGCUCCUCAGAGGCAGAGAUUGCUCGUAA